CCAUACAUCUCCCCUGACCCAAAAAACACAAAAAUUCACAUAAACGAAAACAAAAACAACGUCGAAAUGGAGGGAGGAGGUGCCGCGGCCCAGCAGGCAGACACGGAGAUGGAAGAGGCCCCAUCAGACCCUCAGCAGCCACCGGCGGCUCCUCAGACGGCGGGGAUCGAGAACAUCCCUGCAACGUUGAGUCAUGGGGGACGAUUUAUUCAGUACAACAUAUUUGGGAACAUAUUUGAAGUGACGGCGAAGUAUAGGCCGCCUAUUAUGCCCAUCGGGAAGGGCGCAUACGGCAUCGUUUGUUCGGCGUUGAAUUCAGAGACAAAUGAGCAUGUGGCAAUAAAGAAGAUAGCAAAUGCAUUUGAUAAUAAGAUUGAUGCAAAGAGGACUCUUCGUGAAAUCAAGUUGCUUCGACACAUGGAUCAUGAAAACGUUGUUGCAAUAAGGGAUAUAAUUCCACCACCCCAACGGGAGUCGUUUAAUGAUGUUUAUAUUGCAUAUGAGCUGAUGGAUACAGACUUGCAUCAGAUCAUUCGGUCCAAUCAAGCAUUAUCAGAGGAACACUGCCAGUAUUUCCUGUAUCAGAUCCUCCGUGGGCUUAAGUACAUACAUUCUGCAAAUGUUCUGCACAGGGACUUAAAACCUAGCAAUCUCCUCUUGAACGCCAACUGUGACCUAAAAAUAUGUGAUUUUGGACUAGCUCGUGUCACCUCUGAAACUGAUUUUAUGACAGAAUAUGUUGUUACAAGAUGGUAUCGUGCACCAGAGCUGCUCUUAAACUCUUCAGAUUACACUGCAGCUAUUGAUGUAUGGUCAGUGGGUUGUAUUUUUAUGGAGUUGAUGGAUCGAAGGCCAUUAUUCCCUGGCAGAGAUCAUGUGCAUCAGCUUCGCUUGCUUAUCGAGCUGAUUGGUACUCCGUCAGAGGCUGACAUAGAGUUCUUGAAUGAAAACGCCAAGAGAUACAUUCGACAACUUCCUCGUUUUAAUCGACAGUCAUUCACUGAAAAGUUUGCAAGUGUUCACCCUUUAGCUAUUGAUCUUGUUGAGAAGAUGUUAACAUUUGAUCCAAGACAACGGAUUACAGUUGAGGAUGCACUUGCACAUCCUUACCUUGCAUCGUUGCAUGACAUAAGCGACGAGCCUGUCUGCAUGAGUCCCUUCAGCUUUGACUUUGAGCAGCAUGCACUGACUGAGGGACAGAUGAAGGAGCUGAUUUACCAGGAGGCUCUUGCAUUUAACCCGGAGUAUCGGAACCAGUGACUAGUGAUGAAUCUUGCAGUGGUAAUUUAUUGUGGCUUUGAUCAAUGUUGUUUCCACUUUUUUUAUUAUUAUUAUUUUUUUCAAUGAUUCCGCAUAAUUAAGUUCAUCAUGUAAAUAUAUCCCGUCUGAAUCCGGAUGGCUAUUGAGUUGAAAUAUCUGAUUAUGGGCAGGAUUAAGUGACCUAAACAUUUGUAAUUGUGUUGUAUCAGCUUUCUUGCUUUUCAAUUUUUAUUGUUGUUCUAUUGAAUUGAGGCAACUUCUCAUUCAGCA